AUAUUGAGAAAUAUAAGAGAAGUCUACUUAUGCCUAUGAUUGAAUCAACUGAUAUGUUCUUGUAUUCUUUAUCAGCAGCCUGCCACCUCUUCAGGACCUGUAUGUCUCCAGGACCCAGAGGCGUGCAGGUCGGAUCAGACCAGAACCCCCCGUCACUGGAACAGCUUCUUCCCUUCGGCCGUCAGACUGUUGAAUUCGUGAACAGCCUUUGUUGUUUAUUUUAUUUUAUUUUGUUUUUUUCUGUCAGCACUUCAUUCCAAAACACUUUCCUCGUUGCUAGCUCCGCACUGAUCAUUGCAAUAAAUUUCAUUGUGAUUCUGAUUCUGAUCAGUCGGUAUUUCCAGAAAAUGGAGUGCACAGAGCGUCAUCUUGCACAGAGUCGGAUCGAGCCCUGCAACAGAGCACUGAGCUCUGUAGUGUAGUUGCACUAAGGAGUUAAGUUAAGUCCCUUUAAAGCUGACAUCAUCAUUGCCCUUGUCGUCACUUUUGAUGCUCUUUUUCUUUUGACUUGAUUCGUUUUAUUUCGCUACUUUUCAAUCCGCGGGUAAGCACAACACAUGGACAAUUAGGAAUAACGAAUUAAACUACUCCACACAGCAUGGAUCCACAGUCGAUCUCGAUCGUCUCAAAGUGGAUUCGAACCCACUCGGAAGCUGCGACACGAACCUCUAUGUCAAGUACGUAUUUUGUGGGCGUGGUCUUGUUUGCAGUUGUCCAAUAGAUGACGAAGGGAGUCCCACUUUCUCGUGGUUGCUAUGCCUACACGAGUCCCUUUUUGACUGACAGGUUUGACAUCCAAUUGUAGCAGCGUAGGGCGGGCGCUCUCAGAAGAGUCUUGUGGAUUUCUACUACGGCGGUCAGACCGCUCAGACUGGCCAAGGUGUCUCUUCUUCGUAGCCGAGUAAACUUGAGAUGGAAACUAUAAUAUAAACCGGUCGGGAGAAUUGAGUGCAGAUUGCAAAGAGUGCCUGAGUGAAGAUGGCCUUCUUUCAGAAUAACUUCUGGGGGGAGAAGAAUGCCGGCUUCGAUGUGCUCUACCACAACAUGAAGCAUGGUCAGCUGGCAACCAAGGAACUUGCUGACUUUGUCCGGGAGAGAGCUGCCAUUGAGGAGACUUACUCAAAGUCGAUGGGCAAACUGGCAAAGAUGGCGAGCAAUGGCAGUACGCUGGGGACGUUUGCACCCAUGUGGGAUGUGUUUCGAGUGUCCUCAGACAAGCUGGCCCUCUGUCAUCUAGAACUGAUGAGGAAAAUGAAUGAUCUAAUCCGAGACAUCAACAAGUACGGAGAUGAGCAGGUUAAAAUCCAUCGCAAGACCAAGGAGGAGAUGGUGGGGACAGCCGAGGCGGUGCAGGCGCUCCAAGUUCAGAACGGUCACCUUCAGAAAUCUAAGGAGGGUUAUCACGCCAAGUGCUUGGAGCUGGACCGGCUCAGGAAGGAAGGAGCUCCCCAAAAAGAGCUGGAAAAAGCAGAACUGAAGUCUAAGAAAGCAGCUGAGUCAUUCGCUCUGUGCAUUGAAAAGCACAAUCGUGUGGGAGGAGAGUUUGAGCAGAAGUUUUGUGAGUCUGCACAGAAGUUUCAGGAGAUCGAGGAGUCUCACCUACGGCAGAUGAAACAACUGAUCAAAGGUUUUUCUCACUCAAUAGAGGACACACAUGUUCAAGUUGGACAGGUGCAUGAGGAAUUUAAACAGAACGUGGAAAACAUUGGCAUCGAUAACCUCAUCCAGAAGUUUGCAGAAAUGAAGGGGACUGGAAAAGAGAGACCAGCAUUGGUUGGCUUUGAGGAAUACAUGACUGCCAUGGCUCCUGAAGCUGGGAAGAAAACUCGGGCUAAGGCUUUCAGAAUCCCCGGCCUGGGGAAGAGGGACAAAGAGCCAGACUCGACAGAUUCAGCUGUGACAGACGCACCGAAUUCUCCAUUGGACGUGGACGAUGAAGGAUUUGUCAUCCGGGCUGACAGCACUCAGAAUGGUUGCUCCGAGGACAAGGACAAUAACUUCUACUCCAGCGACUCUGACUUUGACGAUGAGGAGCCCAAGAAGUUUCACAUCCAGAUACGACCGGUGGUGAAUAGCAGCCGCACUAGCUCUGCUGCAGCAGAGAAGGAGCUUAAAGCCACUGUGGGGUCACUGACUCUGCCGCCCAACAGAGCCAAACAGCAGGUGCCUGUGAAACGGCAGAUUUCAAGGAAUUCAAGCACUGCCGGCAGCCGUGGUGAAGAAGGUGAAGGUGUUUUGGGCCGAGACAGAGAACAGGAAGGUCUUCGACGCUCUACAUCCAGCCCCGACCACAGCAGGUUGAACUCCAAAGCAUCAGGCUCUGACAGUCUGUUUGGACCUUCGCUAGAAUCUGCCUUCAAAUCAAAAAGUUUCGAUGGUCGUGAUAAACUCCGAGAGCAAAGCAGCUUUGGUGCGUCCGAAUAUGCGGCCUUCUCGUCCGAGUCCUCGUCACCUGAGAAUGUGGAGGACUCCGGUCUGGACUCCCCCUCCCAUCAGCCGCUUGGCCCCUCUCCUGAACCAGCUGGCUGGGCAGCCUGGCCUCCUACUUCGCACUCAAAAGAGCAGUCACAGCCUCGUGGACGUUCUGCUGAUCCUUUCCUGUCUGUCUUUCGUGACCCCUCCCCGGGCCGCCCUGCACCCUCUCAGGACGACUCCGCCUGGUCGGUCACUCAGCCACGCCCCUCACGCGCCACCCCAGAGCUGGACUCUUCAACCGAUAGAUUCCCGGCCUUCUCUCAGUCUCUUCCUCCUCCUGAGAUGGAUCCAUUGGCGUGGAACUGCAAGCUGGUGGCGUCUGAGGACCCCUUCCUCGCCGCUGCAUUUGAGAACACACUGGCGCAGGACACACAGAAUCAUCCCGAUGCUUGGUCUCACCCUGCAACACGCUCAGCGCACGAGAGUCGCUCGACAGAGGUGCGAGGAGAUCCCUUCUCCAUGCCCCUCCCCGAUGCCAAGACUCUCCCGACACCUUCCUCCUCCUCUUCAUCUUCCUCACAUCGCAGAGACAGGAGACGAGACCGGAGCCUCCCCCCUCCGGUUUCCUCUGAUGACCCGUUCGCCAUCACAAUGAUCGGCAGCCCGACGCACCAGUCCUCCCUGGCCGCAGCAGCGGGAAGAAUCCCCCCAUUCAGCAGCGUCGGGGUCACCCACAGCAGCCGACAGGAUCACACCAGCACGGGGUCUUUGCCACAGGCGCACGCUAAGAAGGAGCUGGUGCACUGGAACUCUGUACACAACCCCUUUAGCGAAACAGCCCCUGGACAUUUCAGUUCUAGAACACAAGAUGGAGGAAAAGAGAAGGGAGGAGAGAGGAGGAAACAUCGAUCAUCAGAAAGUGAGCCUCGCAGGAACGCCCCUCCCCUGACCAGACACUCGGGCCCACAGGAGGACCUGUGCUUCUCCACUGACAAGGACCAAGACUGUCUGGACCUCAACACCCAGCUGCCUUUCACCAUCACCUCUCACAAAGUGUCCAAGCAUCAUGGCCGACAGGAACCCGAUGUCACAACUGCUGCUUCACGAACCACCCGUGGCAAGAGGACGACUGGUCGAAUCUCAGACAGGUCUCGGUCGUUGUGCUCCUCGCCGCUGCCGGAGCCAAACCCCUCCCUCACCUCGUCAUCUUCCUCCAGUCCCAGCGACUGGGGUCAGGUCAGGGAGGGCAGCUGGGGGGCGCCGAACAGAGCGUCCAGCCCAGCCCGGGUGGGACAGGCUUCACCUCUGGCCUUCCAGGAUGCUCCGCAUAGACAGUUGCAUCUCUCACGAGGACCCAGUCCCAUCUCCCUCAGCAGCCAGGACUCGUGGCCCGUGGCCGCUGCGAUAACGGAGUACAUCAACGCCUACUUCAAAGCUGGACAGCAUAACCGCUGCCUCGUGAAGAUCACCGGGGACCUGACCAUGUCCUUCCCGGCUGGAUUCACCCGGAUUUUCUCUUCCAACCCCAACAUCCCGGUUCUCAGCUUCAGGCUGGUCAACAUGUCCAGGAUUGACCACUUCCUGCCGAACCAGAAGCUGCUCUACAGUGACCCGUCCCAGAGCGACCCAGACACUCGAGACUUCUGGUUCAACAUGCCAGCCCUGCAGGUCCACCUGCAGCGGGAGGCCGAGCUCAACCCGCAGGCCUCAUACUACAACGUGGGGCUGCUCAAGUACCAGGUGUCCUCCCAGGAUCCAGGUCGGGCUCCUCUCCUUUUGUCGGCGGAGUGCCAGCGCAGUGGCACAGUGACGCGGGUGUCCCUGGACUACCACUGCUGCCCCGCCACAGCUCCGUCCACGCAACUGACCUCUGUCCAGAUUCUUCUGCCACUGGACCACACCGCCACUGACCUGCAGUGUCAGCCGCCCGCGUCCUGGAAUGCUGAGGAGUGUCGGCUGCUGUGGAAACUUCCCAACCUGUCCCCGACCAACCACAGUAAAGGCUCGGGGACUCUGUGUGCCAGCUGGCAGUGCCUGGAGGCCCCCCGUGGCCCCCCGCCCAGCCUGGCAGUACAGUUUGUGGGCUCUGGGGCAUCACUGGCAGGCCUGGAGGUGGAGCUGGUGGGGAGCCGCUACCGCAUGUCGCUGGUCAAGAAGAGAUUUGCUACAGGCAAGUAUAUGGCGGCCUGUUCCCUCUGAAAGUCCUGAAUGCAGGGUGACUGACGGUUGUCAAGAUGAUGCUGCUCAUCUGUGUAGGACGACGUGCACUUACUUUGGACGUUCCACAAUGUCUCUUGCACCUGAACUCUUCUUCCUCCUGUCAGAUGUUUCCACAAGUUACAUAAUGAACCUAAAACUCAAACUGUAAAUAUGGAGUGAGAAAAAUAUUGUCUUUUUGUGAUGAAUGAAUAAAUGUGCUGCAGCGUUGUCUGACACCAGUUUAUUUGUUUCACGUUGUGACCAAAAUACGACUAUCCAGGGCAAACGUCGUCCCAUCUGUGUGUGACAGUGAACGACUUCAAAAUACACAAAAAUAAAGUUCCGGUUUCAUCAUAUCAAUAAAACGGGAUCAUCCGACGGUGAUCUAAAACAUUACAAAACGUUACAAAUUACACAUAAAAACUUUUUUUUCCUUUCUUCAAAGCACUUGACGGCAACAGGCACAAUAGCUACGACAUCUUUGUCAUGAGGGACACACAAGUCAUAAAUAUAUUGAUCAACUUUUGGAACAACUCAAUACAUCGAUUUUGGGAUUCAGUCAGACUGAAGAGAUUUUUGGGGGGUG